UGCGCCUCUGAAAACAGUCCACGGAUGCUGUGGACAAGGACGAAGCAUCCUUUGUAGUGCCGUGUGUCGCCAGAACAAUCCGGGACAUCUUCCCAAAUACAUUUUUUUCCCCCAGAUUUUCCGCAUCUUUUCCCGUCCAGACCUUCCUCAACACAUCCCUGUUGUUUUUUUUUUUUUUUUUUAAAAACUCCAAGUAAUUUUGAGAUUUAAGCGAGCGUCGACGGCAAAAAAAAAAAACACACAAGAAAAUAUCCACUUUUGUUUCAUGUGUUGCUAUUGUGAUUCUUUUCGUGAACCGCUUCACCAUUUACAUCGUAUUUAUUUAUUUUUGUUCUUGAAUCCCAAAUAAGCAUUGCGUCUUUUUGGUGGAACCAUAAUUUUUUUGGGGGUGGUGGAUUGCGUUAUAUAUAUUAAAAAAAUCUAUGUGUUAUUUUAUUUAUUAUAUAAGAAUAAUCGUUUACGUGCAGGAAAGGAAACCACUAGCUUUCUGUGACGUUCAUUCAAGACAAGGAGCAAAUUUGCUUGCAAAUUCUGUCAGCCGUCUGUAUAGUGACGGUUUAUUUUUUGCGUUUAAUUUUUUUUUUUUAAUAAAUAAACAGGACAGUUUUAAGAAGAUAAAGGACGUGUUUUGGGUGUGGGGGCGGGGGGGGGGGGUUGUGUUUCGAAACGCGUGUCUUCUUUUUUUUUGUUGUUGUUUAAAACCCUGUGCACAUCAGCGGUCUGCUUUAUAAUAUUUCUGGGACGUGGUCUCAGGCGAAGCUAGCAUGAAAAUGAUGACUGGGGGAGCAGUGCACCAAAACGGGAUAUUUUCCAAUGCGCACCAUCACAACCAGCAACCACACAUGGAGUCGGACCCUCCGGACUCUCGCAAGAGACCGCUGGAGACCCCGACUGAAGCGAGCAGCACCAAGCGGACCAACACCGGAGAGGAGGGUGAAUACUUCUUGAAAGUGCUGAUCCCCAGCUACGCGGCCGGGUCCAUUAUCGGCAAGGGGGGGCAGACCAUCGUCCAGCUACAGAAGGAGACAGGAGCCACCAUCAAGCUCUCCAAAUCCAAGGACUUCUACCCAGGCACGACGGAGAGAGUCUGUCUUAUUCAGGGCACGGUGGAGGCUCUCAAUGGCGUCCACAACUUCAUCGCAGAGAAGGUGCGCGAAAUGCCCCAGAGCGCCCAGAAGAGUGAGCCGGUCAGCAUCCUGCAGCCGCAGACCACCGUCAACCCUGACCGCAUCAAACAGGCGAAGCUGAUCGUCCCCAACAGCACGGCCGGCCUGAUCAUUGGAAAGGGCGGUGCCACCGUCAAGGCCAUCAUGGAGCAGUCCGGCGCCUGGGUGCAGCUUUCCCAGAAGCCCGAGGGCAUCAACCUGCAGGAGCGCGUGGUGACCAUCAGCGGGGAGCCUGAGCAGAACCGCAAGGCCGUGGAGAUCAUCGUCCAGAAGAUCCAGGAGGACCCGCAGAGCAGCAGCUGCCUGAACAUCAGCUACUCCAACAUCUCCGGCCCCGUGGCCAACUCCAACCCAACGGGCUCCCCGUACGCCAACUCCGCCGAGGUCCUGCCCUCCGCAGCGGCGGCGGCAGCAGCUACGGCCUCCAGCCUCCUGGGGCAGGCCAGUCUGGCGGGAGUGGGCGCAUUCCCGACGACCAUGUCCAGCUUCUCCGGGAACGACCUUCUGACCAUCAGUUCGGCCCUCAACACCCUGGCGAGUUACGGCUACAACACCAACUCCCUGGGGCUGGGGUUGAACCCGUCGGCAGCUUCCGGAGUUCUGGCGGCAGUAGCGGCGAGCGCUAACCCUGCCGCGGCGGCCGCUGCGAACCUCCUGGCUUCCUACGCCAGCGACGCUUCAACCAGCGUCGGCCACCACGCCGGCCACUUAGGAGGCUUCACCCUGGGGUCCCUGGCUGCAGCGACCGGAGCCACCAACGGCUACCUGAACGCCGCCUCUCCCCUGAUGGCAAGCUCCUUCCUGGCGACGGAGAAGCUGGCGGAAGGUGCCAAAGACGUGGUGGAGAUUGCCGUGCCGGAAAACCUAGUGGGAGCCAUCCUCGGGAAAGGAGGGAAGACGCUAGUGGAGUAUCAGGAGCUGACGGGAGCACGCAUCCAGAUCUCCAAAAAGGGGGAGUUUAUCCCCGGCACCAGGAACCGUAAAGUCACCAUCACCGGUUCUCCGGCGGCCACCCAAGCCGCGCAGUAUCUCAUCAGCCAGCGGAUCACUUACGAGCAGGGCGUGCGCGCCACCAACCCCCAGAAAGUAGGCUAGAGCCAAAACGAGGAGGAGGGGGGGCUGGGGAAUUCCUCAAAUCGAAAUCGGCAUCUUCCAGCGUUGAGUUGGUUUCGCGUUUCAGUAUUCAAGGAGACAAAACACGGCUACGACAGCAAAGCAAGCGGAACAAAUGUGCGAUAUGUAAAUAUGGGUUUGUUACUGUGUUAGUUAGCAGUUUUUUUUUGGUUGUUGUUGUGGUAAUCCUGGAAUUUGACAGGAUUUUUAAUUUUUUUUUUUGGUCGUGAACGGCAAUGUAAACCGGCAUGCUGCCGUAUUCAGCCCCGCAGGGUUUUUCUUCUGCCUCCUGAGAAAUUACCCCCCGUUUCCUAAUCGCUGCAGCUUGCGAUUUUUGGCUCCAGCUCUGCCCCGCUAUUACAACCCCCUUCUCCUCCCCGCCCUCCUUCCCUCCCUCCCUCCCUCCCUCCCUCUUUGUGAGUCCGUAAAGACGGCAAGUGAUUCGAGAAAGAAGGACAAUCCUCUGUUUUCCACCCGCUAUUUCUUAUCUCAGCCUUUUGGGUGGGCAAAUGCCAAUAGCUUAUGCCAGUGGUUAUAAUCCUCAACAGUCCAGGAAUUAAGUUCCCAAGUUCCUAAAGUAAAUUGUAGUGUUGUACACGCUACAUAGAGAUAAAAAAAAAUACACAUAUUUCCUAACUAAAACAAAUAUUCCAAAGACACCAUUGGAAAGUUGACUGCACAACUGGCUUAUGCAUUUUCCAGACCGUGCAUUGUGUAGGGGAAUGUUUAUUAAUAUCAUCAUCAUUAUUGGUAUUAUUACUCCACCACUACAUGCAAACAUUAGUUCCCAAAUUCGAUAUUUCAGGUUGAACGUGUACAAAGAUUAUUUAUUGGGCUUCAAUGUAUUCUCUGCAUCAAAAUCAUUUAAAGGAAGGAGAGUUGGCAUUUGCUAGGUUGAGUUCGAGGAGUGUUCUUGGUUCUCCUGGUGUUGUCAAAUGGAUUAAGGGAGUUGUACUUGCAAUACCCUUUAUAGUGUCAGAUAACUAUGGAGUUUAUCAAGUUCUCUUAAACGUAUUAAAAGCUUAAACGUAUUAAACUUGCAUAUGUUUAGCGGGGGGAAAUAAUUUCUAUAUCUGCACACACACACACACAUAUUUAAUACUGAAAAAGUGAAACGCUUGGUCCAACGAUGAUUCUGUACUGGGAUUUCAUACUGAGUCUGGUCCCAUAACAAUAUCGUCCGUAGCACAUUGUUAAAGCUCAGAUCACUAGGUAAAAUGGCAUAUCCCCCAUGUUGCCCCUAGUUAUGUUAGUCUACACACUGGAUUCUAUAUAGGAAUAUUAUACACAUUGGUGGCUGCUUAUCUGCCUGAAUUGAAGUUAUUUACUCCCUUCUUGCUUAUUCUGCCCUGCUGUGAUAAAAGCAUUGCAAAGUGCAGCAGAGCAUAGAGAAAGUGUGGUGAAGCUUGAAGUAAGAUGGACAGGGAAAUAAUUCAAGGCAGUGUAAACGCAAAGGGAAGCAAAGAAACUUGGAAACAGCAUGGAAAUGCUUACAGUUAGGCAUCAGGAAAACGUAUAUCCAAGGAAGUAAUUCAGCAGGAAAAGAAAGGCAACCGACUUAAAAUAGAUCCCAAUUUCCCGGGUCAUUCUAGCUGCGUUUCAAAUCGAAUGCGUACUAAAAAAAAAGAAGAAAAAAAAAAGGAUUUAUUUUUUCAGCAAGCAUCUGAUUUCAGACAGCGGUACACAGACGUCACAGGCUAAACAAAUAACGCGGAUGACCCAACGGUAUUGGAAUCUUCCUGCCUUGGAGGGACCCCAUUGCAAUAUUUCAACAUUCUGCAAUUGAGAGCAGGGGCAUAGUCAGCUUAAACCGAAAAUGAUUCGUGUUGAAAAACUACUGCAGCAGCUGAGGGGGUGUCGAGAGAGGAAAACCUGAUUGUAGGAUUACAGCGAGAGAAUGCUUUAGAUUUGAACGUGUUCAUCAUUUAUGUCAGGGACUUACAGAAUUGGCGACUGAAAAAUGAUGUUGGCUGCUAAAUAUGUGCCCACAGAUAGGGUCUGGAAAUGUAAGUGUUCGUUUUUACUGUUCUUAAUUUUAAAAAAAAGCUGUUUUCUUUCGACUUCAUUUAAUUUCAUUCUCUCUCCUGCACUCCACUCCACUCCACUCCACUCCAUUAUGAAUCACAAACACAGAGUAUAAUUUCAAAAUGUGGCAGUCAUUUAUUAGGUGAGGGAUUAAGCCUGUCUUUUUUUUUUUUUUUUAAGGAUGGUUUGAUUCGGGGUCCUUUUGAAACAGAACACAAAAAUGUACUAUUCAGAUCAUCACAACUCUCAAAUAACAACAAAAAAAAAAAAAGGAUUUGCAAUUUUCAACUCCGGGGUAAAUAAUAAAAAAAAAAUGUUUGAAAAUUGCAAAUCUUUGAUAAAUAUAUAUAUAUCAAAAAUCUAUUUAAAACUUGAAAGGAGACGGCGAGAUGCGAACCUGCAACAUUGGGCACUGCAGGCAGAUGCACUAACCGCUAGGCCAUAAGGGCAAGAUACCAGAUAAAUAGAAACUGACCUUAUUCAGCCUAGAGCAAGUAUCUUUGAUUUGUGAGUUAGCAGGGUCUGAAAGCGAUUUAUUUCUUAUUAAAUCUGUGGUGGUGUUUACCACUGAACCAGUUAAACCUCCAUUCAGACCCUGAAGUAGUUCAUUAUCUUGUUUUAUCUGUUAACCCUGGAGUGGAGCGGCCCCCCAGGACUUUUACACCCCUGUUCUAAUGCCUGUCAGGAAGCUUCACAGUUACUGCGCAGCAUUGAUACAGUUCCCUACUGCUACACCAACCAGCACAGCUAAGUUCCAUUUAAACGCGGGUUUACAGUGAACUAUAUUUACGAAGGAAUGCGAUCUAGGAAAGCGAGUGAAUGAACUUGUACACGCUGCUCUUGCAGCACUCAAUUGUCUAGAAGAACAUGCAACAAACACAUCCAAGGAUUUAAACAGAAACAAAUGAGAAAUUCGAGAAUGGAGAUUGAGGAAUUACAGUAUGCCGUAGAGUAAGAAUCCCUAAAGCAGAUGGGAAAGGGAAAGCUCAAAACAGUCCCAGGCGAUAGAAUGUGGUUUACAACAGGGCAUGAUAGGGCUGGAUUUCAUAUCUGCCGGGCUAGUUGGAGUCAGUUGAGAAUGUAUUUUAUUCUAGGACUGGAAUAUAUAUUUAAUGGGGGCAAUAGGCUACCUUGCUUUUUGUUACAGCAUAUUUUUGUAGGGUAACAACAAAAAUGUGAAGAAUAUCAGAGCAAUAUCGUGGCAUGCUGCACUGUCUGUCUUUAACUCUACAUGUUGUGGUAGCUAGCAGCGUAGUUAGGUGCUGGAUAGGUUUACAAACUUGCAAUUUUCUAAGUUAUGAUAAUGCUGCUAUUUAGUGCUGUAUUGACAUAUCAGGCUUGCAUUAACCAGCAAGAAGGACUAGUUUAAGAAAUAAGUAACAUAAUCUUAAUAACUUGUGCCAAAACAACCAAUCUCUGCAGCUUCUACGAAACAUAUCCGCAUUUGAAAAAAAUUAAAAAAAUUAAUGUGAAAAGUGCCAAACGAACAAUAUGUAUCAUUUAAAAGGAUCGACAAGAAAAUGCAGCUAUUUAUUGUAUUUGUAUAUCUAAAAAAAAAAAAAAAAAAUCAACAAAAAAAUUAUUUAAAAGAAGGGUUUGGAAUGAACAGUUUUUCUGUCGGGUGAAAUCGCUUAAGUGUUAAAACCGAAAAAAAAAAGGAUUGCUGCUCAUUUGAAUCCCCUGUAUGUAGUCAAGGCAUGUGUAUUGUUGAAUAAGUGAUUAGGGUUCUUGAUGCAGCUUUAUAUAAUUGAUAACAUGUAUUGCGUGGAGCUAGGUGUUCUGUCUGUCUGUAUUGCAUGAUCUCCAGUGGAGAAAUCCCUCUUUCUUUUUCGAGGACAUAUCUUUGCAUGCCAACUGCGGUCAAGCACUUUUUAUAUGACUUUAAUGUCUGGCUCAGUUCCUCAAAAGGCCAGUGGGUUUGGCUUAACUGUGACUAAAUUACAGGAUCAGAGGACACCCACAGCAGACAGGGGCUAGACAGCUAUCAGCUGCAAAAGGUGAUCUUAACAGAAUUGAUCAAUGAGCGUCCAAUCUGUCUGUAUAGGAUUAAUAAGAGCUCACUGCCCCACCCCCCAGCAGCUUCCCCUAAUGUGUCUGUGAAUAUACACGUUACAGAUUCAACAGAUACAACAGAAUUGAACCGCUUGGAUAAGUAUAAAAAAAAAACACUUGAUAAACAAAAGGUAAAACUGAGCAUAUAGCAUAUCAUUGAUAUUACAUAUCACCAGGGAAUAAAACAAGGCGAUGUGCCAACAGAGGUGUGCUAAAUGGCUUAUCUAGUAUGUUUAGCUCUACGCUUGUAUAUAAGCACGUGUUUCAACAGCAGCUUGUUUGUGGCCUAGCACAGAGAGUCUCCUGAAGGUGUUUCAGUUGACUGUGUCGUAAUGUAAGAUAAACUUGUGCUGGCACUGUUUUUAAGGUGGGGGUGCCAAAUAUAGCGGGGGGGGGGGGGGGGGGGGUGGCGGGGGCUCUUUGAAAACAGAGAGAAGCAAUUUUUGGAUCACUAGACUAGACACCUGGUCCGAUAGCACAUGGUAGGCCAUUUCUGACUACUGUUUAAAAUACAAGACGUUAGCAAAGGUAAGAUGCUUGUGGGAGAGACUUAGUCAACGUGGUGUUGCAGAUGCACUGAAAAGGGUUCUGAGUUGACCGAAGUUUUAAAAAAUGUAUUAAAUGGCAGGGUUACAGUGUGGCACAAUGGUCAAGGCUUUGGUUAAUGAUGCUUUUAUUUAUUUUUUUUGGGGGGGGGGGGGGUGCAUUUCUAGUACUCAUCAUGCCACCAGCAGUGGUAGGCUACAUUUGUCAUAUCACUAUUUUUAUUUUGACUACUCUUUUCUAACCUUAGACCAGUAUAACUAAAUGCCAUUCAUGUGUAUCUUGUUUACUUUCCCCACCCCUCUUCCCACCUGACCUCCAACCUCCCACCUCCUCAAUCCUUCCUUUGACCCCCCCCCCCCCCCCCCCCCCCCCCCCCGAGUGCCAAACAAAACUGUACCAUUCCAAACUUUUUUGAGUUUUCUUGUAUGUCGGACAACCAUAGGACGCACCCAUGAAGCCAGCAUGCUGUUCAUAACACAAUAUUAAAACCAUGACUUCUCAGCAUACAGAAAAGCAGGCUUGGAUUAAUACACAAAUGCUGGCUACCUCACACGGCUUUUUCUAAAUUCCAUCCUCUCUUCAGUACCCAGGACUUCACUCAAAAGUUUCUCCAUUACAAAAUGAUUUAAAAAAAAAAAAAAAAAAAAUUAAUAAUUAAAAAAAAUUGGUGAGGAUUUUUUUUUUUUUUUUUUUUUUUUUGGCCAGACAGAGCAGUCAUCUCGUCAGCUUGUCUUCUCAACUUUUGAACUUUUUCACCUUCCAUGAACUUUUUUGACCUCCCUUCUGUGUUCAUCAAAAUCCCCUAUUUUGGAUUUUUAAUCUCCAUUCCAUAUCAAAAUCUUCUGAUUCUUCUGUGAGACUGUAAUUUAAUUUCUCCCCUCACUUCACGCCCAACCACUCCCCCCCUACAAAGAGAUGUAACAAAAAAAAACACUUGCCACCACCUUUUUCGUUUUCUUCAUUGUAAAUAUUUUGUUCAGCUGUAAAAGGAACUCAUUUUGUGUUUAACGGAAUGGGGCUAGCAGUAUAUAUAUAUAUAUAUAUAUAUAUAUAUAUAUAUAUAAAAUUUAGUACAAUGUUCAACAUCUUAUAAAAUCAGAGUGUCCCAGUUUCUGCUAAUAAACUUUUAAGGCAUGUUCAUAAUUGCAAUAAGGCACUCCAAAAAGAGGAUGGGCUAAUGACAUGACCACACCCUAUAUGGGUGUGGUUAUAAGAUAGCCCCACCCCCAACUGGGAGAUGGCGUUUUAACAUAAGGGUGUUGUCAGCCUCUCUAUCAUGUUGCAUAAGACAAAGAUCUAGAAAAUCAAUCCUUUCUAUGAAAAUUUAUCCAACCCCACAAUUAUGAAUUGCCAGUAGUCUAAUUUCUCAACAGACUACUUUUAUCACACUUAAUGCACACUACCCUAAAGUCAAGGAACUAUAAUCUCAAUGGAAACAUGUGUUGCCAAAAUUGAUCAGCAACAGCUUUUUCAUGAUCCAACAUACUUUGGUUUAAAAUUAUUAUUACUUCAAUUGCAGACUGUUGGGCUGCAAACUUCAGAUGUUUUUUUUUUUUUAUUAAUUAUUUUUAUGCUACUGGCCCCAUUCCUGGUUUCAUCUCUGAAACACAUGAGAUUAUUUAUUUUAACAUAUUACAUAAUAUUAAUAAACAAAAAGGGAAUGACUGGAAAAUUUUAAAAAAACUACAGGUGAAUUAUUGUUUUUUGACACAAUUCAUUAACUUUUAAAAGAUAAGAGGAGUCAUGAAUAUUUCAAUGUUGCUGUAGCGUUUGUGUUUGUAAAAGUAAAAAUUGUGGUUUUUUUUGACGUGCAAUCCCAGUGAAGUUGGCAUUUUAAUGAUAAUAUAAAAUUAACUCAUUCUUUUUUUAUUUAAAAACUAAAAAAAAGUCAUUAUAAAUGUUCAUUGCAGCAUCACCUGUCUUCCGUUGUCUUUUUCUUCACCACUCGGCCUCAUUUCAGCACCUAGAGCUGACCACCAUCUGCAUUGGGGUUGGGGGGAGAGAGGGAAAUCCCUUUGGCUGUCAAAGACACAAAGGAGCGAUGGUGCCAUUCUGAAACGUAACCCACUGACAUCAACUGGAUUUCAUUGUUUGCUUUGAGUUGAUUUAUCCUCCAUAACAACCCCCUCCUCACACUCCUAGCUGCUUGUUGUGUAUUCCAUUAACAACACAUUCUGGGGCAUGGAUAUCAAAUCAUGUGGGGACCGGCUACAGUGAGAAAAAAAGGUAUUAGUCAAACACACAAAGGGAGUCUUUCUCUCGUGGCGGUCUUGAAACAUGAUAUCUGGAAAUGUUUAAUUUUAGAAAUACUGUAUAAGCAAUUAGAAUGUUCCGACUAGAAGUAUUUUUCUUCAUUAAAGCUGUCAUGGAAAGGUGCGCCAUUGCCUAUUAGUAUACAUUUUGCACUAUUGAGUGCUUGAGUGGAUUUUAUGUCAAUUGAUAGCCAUUUGAUGGUUGUCUGCAGCUCUUACUGUAGUAUUAUUCUUGAAUCUUAGGCAACCUAACAUUGGUUCUAUGGGAAAAGUGAGCUUUGAAGAUGUCCUUCAAUGAUAAUACAGAAUAUACUGCUUGGUGUAUUGAAACAUGACCAGAAUCACCUUGGCUAUCCAUAGAAGCAAUCUUCAAAUCUUGCUUUUCAUGUAGAACCAAUGCUAGGUUGCCUAGCCGUUCAAGAAUAAUGCUAUAGAGUAAAUGCUAUGGCAAAUGAUUAUUCUGUCAAUUGACAUACACAUUUCCAUUAUGUUUUUAAAGAUAUCCAUCCGCCAAUAAAAAUAACUUAUUGACCCUCCUGCUAUGGCAGCAAUACCACAUGACCUUCUCCAUGAACUUCCACUGUGGGCCACAGGGGGGUGCUGCCUGUAAAAUAGAGACCUUACCUACUGCAGCACCAGUGCUGUGGAACGGACAGUUCUUGGGUUGUAGGAACAGCGAACAAGUUUUGUCAAAAAAAAAAACAACUUCAAAAUCACGCCAACAAAAGCACAAGCCCACGGUGAGAACCUCACUAGGCUACUGCAGUUGCUCAGAUGCUCAAUAAGAAUUGACACUGCAGUUAAAGCAAAUCGAACUGAUCUACAGGGAAACUACGCCUCCUGUGGCACACAGUGGGAUUGCACUUCCUUUCCACUGUACUUAAGUGUCCUCCCCAGUGACUUUCUGUCCAGCCCGUAUUUAGACAACGACACAUUAAAACACUGUCUCCAUAUCCUGGACCUCCCGUCAUGGGGUGGGGGGGGUUUACAUGUUAGUUGGGUCUGCUUCUUCAUGAACGCAUUUACAUUUUAGUUCACAGUGAGGGGGGUGAGCACGGUUCUGCUUCGCCUGUGAUGUCUAUGGCAGUGUUCCGCUGUAGCAUUUAAAAUGCCAAGGGUACGUCAAGCGGAAAGGGAAACAAAGCCCCUUUCUCCCGCCAACACCACCACACUAUAAAUCAACUUCCUUCCUGUGCAGCAGGUAUAAGGGCCCCCACCUUCACUCUCACAAAAAGAUCAAAAUGACAUGAAUUAACAGGGGCUGAAUUCAAAAUGAAUUGCUGGAGAACUCAAGAGGGUUGCGCAUACCAUAUUCAGGUGUCUUUUCCCCGUAUGGUGGAAUUCAUUCGAAUUUUGUGGCCACUGUUUUAAAUUGUUACCUUUUAUCCAAGCGCACACACACUAUAACAGUAGCCAUAUCACAUAUGAUGGUUUUCGCCUGGGCUGCACACCAGAGUGGCAAUUCAUUUCAUUCUCUUGCUGUAAUAUCACACAUUUCUCCUGAGGCACGCACGCCUAUUGAUUUCUCCUCUCUUUAAUUUCCUCCCAUAUGCAUUUCCUCUGAGGUUACUGCACUAGAAACAUUACUAGCAACUGACAGCUGUACUGGGCAGAGAGAGAGAGAACAAAAAAAAAACUAUAUAUUUUGCAGCACUUGGAUUUAAAAGGCAAUGUAGCAAAUCUUACCUUGAACCCUGUGGCUAUACUGGUUCGUCAUUAAGAAACAUUAUAGAAUGGAUUUUUGUUUUUACUGUUUAAUGAUUGAUGAUCAUAACCUUAAUCCACCAAGCCAUCUAACGAAUAUAAUGAACCAGUGUAUAAAUAAAAUAUAUUCUGGGUAGAAAAUAUAAUUGCCUGCACUCGUGUAGAAACCUGUAUAACGAACUAUGGGGGGACGACUCAAUAUCCUCAAAGAGAUGACAUCUCUUAUGCAAUAAGAGACCCUACACAGGACUAUUAACUUAUAAUAGAAAUCUAAAUACAACUGAGACUAGACCCAUGUAAAUACCUCUCUGAAUACUAAGGUGUAGAUUUAGAGUCUUCACCAAAGAAUGACAGUGUGCUGUAUAGAGAAUAGCAUUAAUAACAUUAAAAACUAAAAACACAGACACAGCGACACUGCUAAAGGCAAACAACUGAUGAGAAACAGCCGGUCCUGUACAAUAAAGUGAUUCAGUUGUAAGCCAAAGGUAUUUUUCUGUGUGUGUGUGUGUGUGUGUGUGUGUGUUGUUGUGUGUCUGGAUGUGUGUGUAGUCCAGUAUUUCCUACAGAUUGAAUUCUGAAAUCGUAAACGAGUUUUGUGUUGUGCUGUAUGACCAUAUCCAAUACAUUUAUGGUAGACAUUUUAAUCAUUGCUUCAGAAAACUUUUUUUCUACUCCACGGUCUUUGCAAGCUUCCUGAGCGGUUCCGAGUUCUGUUGCUCCAACACAAUCCUUCAUCUCCAAAUCUUCCUUUGCCGGGAUUUUGAGCUUGACUGGAAAAUCCCAAACACCAGGACUGAACAGUCUUCCUUCAUCAUUCCAUUCAAAUCAUGUGACCUUUCAACUCUGUCAGCCCCACUUUCUCUACACAUUGAGGUGGGGUAAAAAUAACACAGCAAUAUAUGAUACAGACAGUCUUGCAAUAGCCCUUAAAUGCAGCAUGUUUCACCGACAAGCUCCGAUUCCCCUCCAGUCUCUCCAACUCCAACCGUUGGGGUCACUGAAUCUCACUAGGACGCCAGGAUAAACAACAGAUGUUUCUAAUCGGAAAAAUACACAAUCAUCUAAUCUCCUCCCGACCCAGUGCGACACACAGUCUGAUUGAGAGCUGUCAGGGAUGGGGGGGGGGGGCUCUCUGAAUCAUUUCGAGGUAUGCAAGCUAAAAAUUGCUCAAGGAUGAGAAGCAGCCUCGUAUUAAUGCAUUACAUAUUGGGAACUUUACAGCGGUGCAGUCGCAAAACAAAACUUAAGAAACUCCGUCAAGCAGACAGCCUUGACUCAUCUUUCUGAUAUUUUUGCUAUUGCACAUACGACCUAGCAGUGCCCCAACAAAGCACUUUUCAAAUUACACAAACGUCCUUAAGUACUAAUCAACAAAAAGUCAUGUGUGCAAUUAUUUAAUGUCAACACUGCAUAAAAAAAAACAUCAGUUAGUUUUUAAAAGCUGCAAUAACCCUCAUAAAAGCUGCCCAUGGUAAAAGCAUAGCAAAGUGUAAUAAAAGCAUAGUAAACGCAUGGUAAAGCAUAGGGAAGCAUUGUAAAGCACAGAGAGGUCUGGUAAAGCAUAGGGAAGCAUUGUAAAGCACAGAGAGGUCUGGUAAAGCAUAGGGAAGCAUUGUAAAGCACAGAGAGGUAUGGUAAAGCAUAGGCAAGCACUACUAAACAUGUCAAACUAAGGUAAACUAUGGAAAAUGCAUAGGGUAACCAUAGGGAAUGCAUAGGGAAAAUGCAUAGCACAACUGCAAGAAAUACUGUACAAACUUACUUUGGUAAACUUUUAAGGGCAGCAUAGCCAUAAUUAAUAUAUAUAUAUAUAUAUAUAUAUAUUUCACAAGGCCCCUUUCUUUAGACAAAAUCACUCUGUAAAAUGUAUCUGACACUAGAACAUUCACCGCCCUCAUACUCCGCCUAAAUUGUUUUCUUUCCUGCAGUGGGAGAUUUAAAACCGGACUCUAGCGUCCUCCUUCACAUUGCACCCUCGUUAACCAGGACUGACAAGCCUCAUUUGAAAUCAAUUCAAUCUGCUGCUGAUGGAAAUAAACACCAUUUCAAAUCGCUUGCAAGCCAGUCCCAGUGGGCAGGUGGAAACAGAGAUGGAGAGACAGUACCAGGGCCCACAAAGCCCAGAUUCAGACCGGUUUGAUCCCGGUUCAUCUGCUGCUGGUGGAAACGGACAGGACUGAUGUCAGACCACUUUUAACUGGUCCCAGCUGAGUAGCAGAUGAGUCAGUGAGUGUGUAUUAUAAAAUGAACCUUUUACCUACCCUAUCUGUCUGCAAACCUUGUUGUUUCUUAAGUUAAAGUUACCAAGUUUCAGAAACAGGGAAACUUAGCAAACAGCAAACCUGGAAACGCUGUAUGUUAAACAACAAAACGAUUCAUUUUUACUCUUACGAACCAUUCCUUUUGUUUUUUUUCUUUUUAACAGAAAUACCAGGCAUAGAUAUACAUACAGAUAUAAAUGCAUCAGAUGUAUUAUGAAGUGUGAUAUAAAUGCAUUGUUAAUUUUUUUUAUUAUUAUUAUUAAGGGCGUCUGCUAAGAAAUAAAUAAUAAUAAUAAUAAUAAUAAUAAUAAUAAUAAUAAUAAUAAUCAUUAUUAUUUGUUUUUUGAAGAUGUGACCAGGUAAACUCCCAUGAGCCUCUGGUACAGAAAUUUACAUAUGGUCUUGAAACAGUUACCCAGCAUGCCGAGGGGGAAGAAGACUUAAAUAUGUAAAUGAUUUAUGAUUUUGUCUCGGCUCGUCGCAAAUGACACAGAAUACUGAACGCUGAGUGUAAUAUUUUAUAUGUGUCAUUGGAAUGUAUUUAUUUAUUUAUUUAUUUAUUGAUUGAUUGAUUGGGGGGAGCUAAUCUGCUAUUCAAAACCGUUUAAACAGUUUUAUAAUUUUUUUGUAACUUAAAAAAAAAAAUUGUAAAUAUGAAUAGAUUUUUUUGGACCAAAUACAUAUGUAAUAAUGAAUGUUUAAGAGUUUAAUAUGUGUGUGUCAUUAUAUAUAUAUAUACACGCACACAAACACACACACACACACACAGUUUAAACCUUAUUACGCAGUGCAAUGGGUUGGGUUCAAAGGACUGUAUGACUUACAGUGAUCUCUUUAUCAGUUUUCUGGUAUAUUCAAUCUGUUCUGCAAUUGCAGACAAUGUUCUGAGUUCUGUCGUUUAUGCAUCAAUAAAAUUAAAAUAAAAUAAGCUUUUGUAUAAGG